CACAGGUGGCGCUACAGGUCGUGAUGGACUGCCGCCAGCAGCAGCAGCAGCAGCAACAACAAGAUGAUAAACGGAUGCAGACCUUGCUUCAUAUGCUCACCCAUUACUGCCCGCAGACGCGGGAGGUCAAGGGGUCAUUGCAGCGGAACCUCGCACCAGUGCUUCUGCCCCCGCCAGGUGUCUGGGACACGUGGUGACGGACGAUCAGGCCAGGCUACGCGUGGUGACGUUCCUUGGAAACGUACUGGAGCAUGCGCAGACCAAGCUGAUGAUGGAGUCGCAGCAGACCGUGGUGGGUUACGUCGCCGGCGACUGGCCUCGUCUGGAGCGGGUGCUGCGGCAGGCCAUCCAUUGCACGAGAGACACGUACCCGGCUUUUCUGCAGGUGGCGCUGGCAGCGGACAGACUACUCGUCAGGUGUUUCCCCAAAGAGGCAAAGAAGUUUUUGGAGGACAUGGCUCACGCUGCCGAGAUGUUCGGGACGUCACGUGACCAUGCCGUGCUGUGGGGCUUGACGGGAAAUGCUAUGAGCCAAAUCGAAGGCACAGACUGGGACGAGGCUCUUGGCCGAGUGAGAGAUUCCGUCAGCAAACUGUCAGAAGCAGAGCCUUGUGUACAUUACGCGCGAAUGUUGUUUGACCUCGGUCUUAUACACUUCCGCCUGGGUCAACAUGAUGAAGCUUAUAGGUAUCUGAGCAUGGCGAGGAACGUUUCUGAAGAGUCUGCCCACGUGGAAGAUUCACAGGUGGUGUACUUCCCCAUCAGACUUCGCUGCUACCUGUCCAUGCCAUUAAUAUUUAAAGGUAACCUGGAAGAGGCAAAGAAUUUGGUGGAAGAAGCUCUGGAGCUAUGUUCCCAGCUCACGACCUAUCAUCCAGACAGAACCACACUGCUUAACAACCUUGGUCUCAUCUACGAACGCAGCAGUGACAAUCAGGACCUGGCGCUGCAUUAUUACCGACAAUCUCUGCAGGAAAGGAGAGGGCUCCCCAGCAUGGCGCCUACAGACCUGGUUCCUACGCUUGUCAACGUUGGCAUGCAGUACAGCAGGAGAGGACAUUAUGAGAAGGCAAUGGCGCACAUACAAGAAGCCUUGAAGAUCCGGGAACAAUACGGGUGUCUACACUACAACACAGCCUUAACCCAAACGAGUCUUGCGCAAGUCUGCAUCUUGAGACACGACUUCCAGAGUGCAGCGGGCUAUUUGCUGAAGUCCAGAAGCAUCCUGACAAAGUGCACUCCCCAGCAUGAACUUCGCGGUCACGUGUCACUGCUCUUAGCCCAUGUGUACGUCACACCGCCCCUCUAUGACGCCGGCCAGGUGAGUCACUACCUGCAGGAGGUGCUGGAGGUGCUUGAUGUCAGGCAGCAGAGUCGCAGCUCGUCAGGCACGUUGAUGGUGUUGUCAUGUGCGGAGCAUUGCAUGCAGCUGGGCGGCUGGCGUUGGAGCGAGAUGGACCCCUACCUGAAGGUGGUUGAACAGCUGCUGACACAGUUUAAAGGCGACCUGUCUCCACAGCUCAAGGAACACCACGCCAUCUUUGAAAAAGUCAAGAAACUCGAAGGACAAGGGGACACCAUCAGGGCCGAGCAGCUGGAGGAACUGACGUCACACGUGGUGGCCGCCUGUCAUUUUUGCAACAUAUUUUACGACGAUAAAGACUUCAGAGAACUGUGGAGACGAGUGGAGAUGAACAUAGAUGACCAAAGCAGAGUUUCUGACCUCACGUAACAGCUGUGGACACCAAAGACUGUCCUGCCUGGUGUGGACUUCCAGCCUCGUUUCCAGAUGUGCUUUUUAAAAAUUAGUUUAAUAAAAGGAACAAAUCUAUGCUACAUACAUGGUGCAGCAGGGGGCGGAGUUAAGUUAGUCACAUGAAAGUAACAGACGCUGUACGAUGGCGGCUGUCAUUAUAAACAAGCUGUGCCAUGACAUUGCACCUGGUGGUGGCGACAAUUUUUAGAACUGAUUUAGUGUCACAAGACACUUACAGUUUGAUGCAUGGGAGACGGAGGACAUGUGGACUGGCUAAUGCACAAUAAUUACAAACAGGAAGUCUAGUCAGCGCCGGGUGUAGUUUAAAUUUCAUGAGAGUAAUGUGAAGCCGUGGAGUGAAGAUGAAUUUCCCACUG